AUGGGGGUACAUAACGUGAACCCGAGAUACACCCCAGCACUGGGUGUCCGUAUGGGGCACGACGCCCAAAACCCCGACGCGGCCCCAGGCUCCGCUGCCCGGUUUCACUUCCCCUCCCCCUGCCCGGCGUGGGGCGCGGGGCUCAGUCCGCCUCGGAUUCCGACGGGGGUGGGCACGGGGGCGCUUCCGGCCGUGGGGCGGGGUCGACGAAGGGGUUACGACGGGGCGGCCCGCCUCCGCACAGGCCCCUCCUCUCCACGCCUGCGCUGGCACCGGGGGUGGGGCCGCGCGAUACCCCGCCGCCGCGAGAUCGAUCCCCUCCCCCGCGAGGGGCGGGAUCAGGUUCAGGCCCCGUUGGGGGCCGAGCGGGCCGCGACAACCCCCACUCCGCAGCCUGGGCGCGCGGUUCGGGGGCCCGGAGGCGGCGCGCGCUCGGGAAGGAGGGGGCGGGCCGCAGGAAGUGCGCCCUCCCACCGCGUCCUGAGCGCAGUGACCACCUCCCGCCCGGCGCGCGGGGGAGAAUUGGGAUGGCGGGAGAGAGAGGGGUACUCUGGGGAGGCGGCGCCUCGCGGGCACGUUGCGCUGGAGCGAGCCCUCGCUCAGGGGGAUGGGGCAGGAAGGAAGAGGCCUUGGGCGGCUGGCGUAUGCCCCAGUGAUCUGGCUGAAACAGGCCCAGAGACCCCUGCUGAUGCUCCGAGGACCGAGGUUCCCAGGGUGCCUCGAGUCUGCAGUGAGCUGGCCGUGCUGCACAGGCGCCAGACUGAUAUUCAGAGGUCGAGGCCCGGCUGGACCAGGCUGACAUCGUCAGUGGCUGCUUGAGCUCCUGGAACAGAAAGAGGCCAGCAGGUGCGGCUUGCUCCAGGUGCCCAGCAGCCCCCUCACUUCUUAGACUCAGAACUAGGUCAGCCCUCUUUUUCCUGGACCCCCUUUUCCUCCCUGGCUGUCACUCCUCUCUGUUCUGUUGUCUCAGCUAGCCCUUUGGGGGCUCAGUGCCCAGCUGCCCCACCUGCUCUGGGAGCCGGGGCCCAGCAGAGGCAGAGGUCACCUGGUUCUGCAGGGGGACCAGCUCCACCCCAGCUGCCCCUACUGCUAGCUGUGUCUGUGUUGAGGCAGGUGUGUUGAGGGGAAUUGGGUGGGAACCUACUAAGAGACAAGCAGCAAUGGUGAAGGGAUGGGUCCAAGGACAUGACUGGAAUGGUUCUGGUCAUCAGACUCCUCUGGCUUUUCAUGUGAGAACAUAAUUAUCCCACGUAGUGUGGUAUUAGUCUUCAGUUAUGUCCAAUUCUUUGCGACCCCAUGGACUACUGUAGCCCUCCAGGCUCCUCUGUGGGAUUCUCCAGGCAGGAAUACUGGAGUGGGUUGCCAUACCCUCCUCCAGACCUACCUCUUGCAUCCAUCCAUCCAUAAUUACAUCCAUCCCCACCCACCAUCACUCCAUCUGUCUGCUCUCUGCCCGUUCUUCCAGCUGUCGUCUGCCUCCUGCCCCGUCCUGCACACCUCCUCUGCCUGUUUGUCUCCAGUGCCUCUGGACACGUCUCAGAGUGGCUGCUGCACCAGCUGGGCGCUCCACGUCCACCCAUUGGUUACAAGUACCUUCUGGGCACCUCCUGUAGGCCGCACACUUCACCAGGUGUCAAGCUGUGCUGGUGAACAGAACUGAAGAAGUGCCUGGCCUUCAGGAGAUUCCUGUGUGAGAUGCAUGGCAUGCUGGCCCGUAACACGUGUAGGGGAGGAGAGAGGUGGUGGCAUGGGCAGGGGGGUGGGCAGUGUUGCUGGAUGUGGGGUGAGGCUUUGGAGCAGGUGACCUAGGAAGGUCUUGUGAGCAGGUGAAAAGAGUUAGUUGCUCAGUUGUGUCUGACUCUUUGUGACCUCAUGCAUUGUAGCCUGCCAGGCUCUUCUGUCCAUGGGAUUCUCCAGGCAAAAAUACUGGAGUGGGUUGCCAUUUCCUUCUCCAGAGGAUCUUCCCGACCCAGGGAUGGAACCGGGGUCUCCUGCAUUGUAGGCAGAUUCCUCACCCACCAAGCAGGUGAAGGGCACAUGCAGAGGCCAUGAGGCAGAGCAUACCUGGCUCAGCUGAAGGGCUGCAGGGAGCGGGGGGCUGUGGGGGUCAGGGCAGUGAGCGGUGAGGACCAGCUCUGGUUGGGCCUGCGGUCCUGGUCAUGACGUGGCCCGACAGCCCCUUGUGUUGGGGAGGGGCGCCGUGGUGAGAUGGGUCGUGCUGCAGAUGCACCUUGAGCACCCGUAGGAUCAUUGGGGGCAGGGUGGGGAUGUGACUCACAGAGCCAGAGAACAGUCAGAUGCUGACGGUUUGGGCCUUGACAACAGAAGGUUGUGGUGUUCUCCGUGGAGCAGGAAGAGCUAGUAUGGGGCACAUCAGGUCUGAAGGGCCCUGGACUCCUGCCCAAGGGGGCUGCCCCACCAUUGCUGCUGGCCAUGUCGCUGGGAGAGAUCAGGAACCUGGGGGAG